CCCAUCGCAGACUCCGGUCACUCCCGCACCUAACUUCCAAGGUGUAGGAGCGACGACGGUGAUUCCCGGAGGAGAUGCCAGCUCCAGUCAGGCCCAGGAGGCUCGUGUAGCAGCAGCAGCGGAGAUGCCCCCACCACCACCACCAGAUCCAACACAACGGCAGGGAGGAGUGCUGACACAAGGAGGAGUGCCACCACAGGCAGCCGUACAAACCCCCGGCCAACAAAUGGUGGCAAUGACCCGGGAGGAGAUGCAAAGGAUAGCGGCGGCCGCGGCGGCGCAGGCGGUGCAGCAAGUUGCGAGUCAUAUUUCUCAUGCCACCACUGCGCCGACCACGGUGGCCGGAAGCCAGGAUGAGGAUGUGUCUAGUUAUGGAGAAGGAGGAGCUGGAAGAGAUCGGACGAUGGAGAGGAUGGCGGAGCAGUUGCGCCAACUGCAAGAUAAAGUGGAGGGGAGGCUAGAGAGGAGAGCUCGAGGACAUCCCUUUUCAAGGGAGAUUCUCGCUGCUCCGUUGCCAAACAAUUUCAAGGAGACCAACUUGGGGUAUGACGGGUCAUCUGACCCAUCGAGGCAUGUGAGGACCUUUGAAAAUAUGGUUGUGCUGCAUGGGUACUCUGAUUCUGUUUGUUGCAGGGCAUUUUUAUCGACCUUGCGUGGAGGAGCACUCGAUUGGUUUCACCAACUUCCACCUGGGUCAAUCGCGAGCUUUGAGGACUUUACUGGUAAGCUUAUCAAUCAAUAUUCGAGCGCGGUGGUGCAGGAGAAAACGUAUUUGACUUUGAUGGCGAUGAGGCAGGGGGAGAAGGAAUCAUUAAGGAAGUAUGUUGCUCGAUAUAACCAAACAUGUUUAGAGGUGCACUCGGCUUCGGACGAGAGGCUGAUUCGAGCAGGAUAUUUGAAAGAAUUUGUGUAUCAUGAUAGGGUGAAGGGGAAAGGAAGGAGAAGGUGUAGGGAAGACUCAGAGGAAAGGAGCGAUAGAGAUGAGGAGGGAGAUGGUCGGGACGGUCGAGGAAAGAAGCCAAGGAGAGAUGGUGAUAAGGGAGGACAUGGAGGAGAGGCCCCGAUGAAGAGAGGAACUAUUUACAUGAUUUCCGGUGGGCCAACUGAUGGUGACUCGAAUAGGGCCAUGAAGGAGCAUGCUCGAGCAGUGAAGAGGAAGAGAGAGGAGGCGGGAAUUACGGCCCGCAUGCCAGUGAUAAGUUUUAAGGCGGAGGAUGUCGAGGGAGUGGUCCUGCCGCACAAUGAUGCUUUGGUGAUAACCGCGGAGGUCGCAGGCUUCGAUGUGAAGAGGGUGUUCAUUGACACCGGGAGUUCGAUAGAUGUGAUGUUCUAUGACCGUUUUGUGCAUAUUAACAAGGAGCUGAAUAUGGAGCUGAAACCGGUGACCACGGCACUCUACGGUUUUAACGGGGGAGAAGUUAUGCCGAUGGGAGAGGUCAGUUUGCCCGUGGCAUUGGGAUCGGGAGAGUUGAGGAAGGUGCGCAUGGUGAGAUUUGUG